AUUUACUAUACUAACUUUACGUUACUUAUUACAACUUGUUGUCAUUUACAAAUUUUAUCCAAAUCUGAGGGUAGUUAGUCCUUCGGUGCCUCAUCCUCUGAACACCACAGCAAGGAGUGUAACACACACAGGCUGCAAGAAGAACACUGCCCUUCUGAAUGAACUGGUUGAAAGUAAAUCAGACAACCAGAUUGUUGAGAAAGAGGGAGGAGGCAAAAGCGUGAGGAGCAUGAUCUGACACGGCUGCAAAUCAAGUUACACUGUGUGUCUUUGAGCUUGUUCGCUGUGUGGCAAAUUAGUGAACAGAAGAAAGCAGGAACUAAAGUGGACAAGAGAGGAAGCAACUCAAACGGCAACAAUGCGGUUUCUGUGGAUUGUGACCAUUAUCUGCACCUUGGUGACCAUGGGUCUGGUGAUGAUUAUUCUGAGCCAAAGUCAAGUGUUCAUCAUGAUGAACAAUGACAGUGAUAGGCUGCCAAACGCGAUGAAGGCUCUUGAUGGUCGCAUGUCAAAUUUGAUCCCUUUUAAAGAGCAGUUUGAACGGCGGUUGGAUCAGGGGAAAAAAGACUGGCAGAACUUGGAGGCUGCCAUUGCCGCCAUGGGUCCAGGGAUGGAUAAGAUGAAAGAAAACAUUGACAUCUGUAAAGAAGAACAGAAAACAAAAGCUGAAGAGCUGGAGGCCGUGCAGAAUGAAUACACACAGAUGAAAGAAACCUUAAAACCACAGUCUGACGCCUGGAAACAAGAGAUUGAAAAUUUGAAAGCACAGCUGGUCGCAAUUAGUCCAAUAUGUGCUCAUGUGAAGAAGAACAGCACACUACCAUUGAAUUUAUGUGGCAAAACAGGAAAUCUGCCAGGAGAAGAUGGUAAAGGAAAACAACCUAACUAAUUUUCCCUUGUGUCAUUUUUGGGGUUUGUUUCAGAUUAUUUGUUGUUCCUCUUACUGCUGUAAGAAAUGUUUUUUGUUGUUUUUAAUGUAUACCAUAAUGCUGAUGAUACAACUGCAAUUUUUAUUGAAAGGUUUGUGAUUUUCUGAGUGGCUUUUAUUCAAGUUAGGUCAUUCACAAUUUCUGGAAUGUGUUUCCCUCUAUCUGAGGUCCUUUUGAAAUGCUUUUUUAGGGUACCUUUUGCCAUGAUUACUUAAAGUACAGACACAAAAUAAAGGAAAGAGAGAAUAUGGGUUGAAAAGCAAAUGGACAAAUGCUGCAAUGUCCCUUUAGGACUGAUGUCAUUCUUCUGUCACAGGAUCUAUUUGUCAGUGCCUGAGGGUCACCACAUUUUUUUAAAAACCUGCAGAGCAAGUCUUUAGUGUUUUUGUCAGGCUUGUAUGGCUUGUUCUCGUCUUAAAUACUCAUGAUGUAAAAUUACAUCAUGUGUGUGAAAGUCCAACCCCUGCAGCUUCUGAAACUGCCAACACGUGUCAGGUUAAUUUACAUCAAAUGGAGAAAAACUAUUAACUGAGAAAGGAUCAUUAUAUCAGUUACUCACUGCAGGUUAUCUCAAAUGUUUAAGCUUGUUUAUUGUUUUUGCAUGCCUCCACUGUGAACAUACAGUAUGCUGCAUUCAUUUGGUGUUGGAAUGAUCGGAAAAAGUUUUUUCCCAACUUGGAAAAUUCACAUGAAUUCCCCUUUUAAGCUGGAACAACAAUUUGGAAUGUUGGCAAACUUUUGGUACACGAGUUGCCGUGUUGAUGUGAUAGUUCACAGGUACAUGGGAGACGAAAGCAAAUAUUGGGUUAUUGGUAACAAACUUUUUAAUAAUUUAGAUAUUGCAUGUCAAUGUUUUUCCCACAAGUAAUUUGUAAUUGGUGUUUGGUUAUAACCAUUUGUUGCUGUCUACUUAGAGCGACCUAGAUUAGUUACACUAGAAAAGUUAUUUAUUGGCAUUAACCCUGAUGAAGUCAGUUGAAGCAACAUGUUCAUGGUUUCAAGGAACAAACGGGUUGUUUAAACACUUUAAGCGAUAAAAUACAACUCAUCUUCCUUGUAGUAUCUAUGUUGUUCUCACAUUUCAACUUAAAGCUCAAGAAGAAGCUACCCAACUUCAGAAAUUGGACCAUCAGAGGAGCACAGCAGCAUAAACAAAAAAAUGAAGAAAGUCCUUGAAGAACUGAAGUAAAUAUGGACUGUGUUUAACAAGAGUAAAACUACACAGUCAGCCAUGAAGUUUUAAUAAUUUUUGUUUUCAGACACAAUCCUCUGUUAAUUGUGGUUUAAUUUUUCAUUGUGAUAUGUUUGGAAGUGAUUGAUUAAUAAAGUUUUGAG